UUACUGGAGCUGCAGAAGGAGGUAGCCUGCUGCUGUGUUGGUGGGAUGGGAAAAGUGAUGCUAGAUGACUGUCCAGCGUGUCCCCACUUGGAUUUGCAACGGUCGGCUGCUGUCCGGUUGUUGUCACAUUUGACAGUGUUCUCAUGGUCUCCGCUGAGGCCAGUAUAGUGUUAAGUAAUGCAGCUGCUUCUGUGAGGCUGCUUGCAGGCUGUUGAGCAGACAUCACUGUGGCUAACUGUUGUUAGCCUGUAUUUUGAAAUCCGCUCCGUUUUUUUCAUCACCUUCCGGUUUCACUGAAAUUGAUUUUCAGUUGUAUGUGUGAGAGGUUUUUCAGUUGUAUGUGUGAGAGGUUUUUCAGUUGUAUGUGUGAGAGGUUUUUCAGUUGUAUGUGUGAGAGGUUUUUCAGUUGUAUGUGUGAGAGCUAAUUCUGAAAAAAGUCCCGUACGGCACCUCAUACGCACUGGCAUUGGCACCUUCUCUCACCUCGGAGCUCAGGAUUACCGUCUGCACUUCAUACAGAGAGCUAUAACUCAACCUGGUACCGGCACGAGGACAUCGUGGCUUAUAAAAUGAGCAGUUUAAGGGCGUCUAAGGAGCCAUUUGACAGAAUCAGCUCUGAACCCGUGGAGGACACAGACACCACCAGCUUUGUGGCAGAAUUUUCCCUGGAGGCCAAUUAUCCAGUGCAAGUGACAGAUCCUCAUGAAUACACCGAGGUCAGUAAUAUGUCUCCAGCAGACGCUGUGACACUCCACCUGAGCUCCAUGCCCUCUGGAUACCUGAGUCCCUCAGACAGAAUAAGACAGCCAGUUGAAGAUGUUGAAGAAUGCACCUGCCCAAUAUCUGCUUCUCCAGACUACCCAAAAGAACUGCAGUUAAUAAACAGCUCUUGUGAAAAGUGCUUCUGCCUGGCGCCUCCUCCCAAGAUCAGCGACCUCAUGAAUGACAAAGAUCUCCUGGAUUUACUGCGGCUCAAACUCGAUCCAAACCACUGCACCAUCAAAAACUGGAAGAACUUUGCAAGUCGCUGGGGAAUGAGCUAUGAUGAACUGACCCUGCUGGAGCACCGGACCCAGGGCUCGUUGGCUCACAGCCCCACCCAGGAGUUCCUGCUGCGCUACAACCAGAAAACAGUCACUGAGCUCACUGAACUUUGCCGUAUCUACCAGCGCAUUGAUGUGCUACGACUGUUGCAGAGCUGGAUAGAGAAGGACUGGCCGUCACGCUGGCAACAGACUCAUUAGCCAGUUUGGCUCUCUGUGUAUUUAUCUGGGCUCUCCUUUUACAUUUGUCAGGGUUGUACUUGUUAGGGAUUUCUUCUUCUUAUACAUGCUACUACAUUUUUAGAAAAUUGAGCAAGUGUGGUCUUAAGAUAGAGGUAAAACAGUGACCCAGCAAAAUAUUUUGCUGAUUGAACAAUAUUAAUCAUUCCAGGGGCAUGGUGUCAUGAACGGCAUUGUCCGCCUCUUGGUCUGGACUGCAACAGUGCGAAAGCUUUUAGACACAUUGCCAUGAAAUGUUGUACAAAUAUCUAUGGUGAACCAGUCCACUGACUACAGACAUUCAUGGUUCUCAAACAGUGUGUCCUAAUGACUCUGAUGACCUUUCCUCUAGCAUCACACUCAGAUUUUGAGUGAAAUAUGUCAGCUUUUUAGAUUAUGAUGCUAUUUACUACGCACAUUCACAUUCAUCAGGAUGAAUUGUCAUAAUCAUGGUUCUCCCUUGAAGUUUCUUUAACACUGUCAUCCAGUCAAAACUUUAAUUUGUCCAGUGUUUGGUUUAUGACCAAAUACCUACAGAACUACUAACACUCCCAUCAUCCUCAGCGAUACUUUGUGUUCGGUGCUGAUCAGCAUGUGAAGUAAGAUGGCGAGUAUGAUAAACAUUACAACCUCUAAACAUCACCACAUUGGUAUUGUCAUAACGCACAUGUAACAUGUGCGUUAUGACAAUGCUAGCUAGCAUGAGCUAGCAUGUAGCUCAAAGCACCACCUUGUCUUGUCACUGUGCAUCUGACUGUAUGUGUACAGAAACAAAGCAAAAGCUAUGGCAGAUUAUUUAUUUUUAUUAUAUAUUUUUGGUUUUACUUUUGGCAGCAACACCCAUACUCAUUUAAAAUACACGCCAUGUUAGCAGGAAGAUUGAUACAACUUUGAGUAAUGACAAUACCAGCUGUGUCUCUUUUUCUCUUCUGUUGUCUCCAUUCGGGUGGUGAGGCUGUGGAACGGAUCUGUAAUAUCAGAGCAAGUGGAAAGAUGCAGUAGAUCAACAAGUACACGGAUUCAUUCAUAUAUAUCAUCACAGUUUGGUCUUACUAAGCUAAAUAUUCUGCAAACAAAAAAAAUGUGAGUUGAAAACCAAAAUUACUGUUAAAACUUUUAAUACUCAUUAAUGUUACUUGUCUUUUUUUAUUUGAAGAA